CGCGUGGCGCAGGCGGGGGAGAGAUUUUUUACGUCACCGUGUGGCGAAAAAGCAGUGAGAGACGAGAGCACGUGAGAAGGAGAGGGACGGACGGACGGGACGGAGGGAGAGACCGAGAGGACCGCGGUUCGCCGGUUAUUGAUUCCGCCGAUCCACCCGUACCCUGACCACGGCACACAUGUUCCCGAUCGUCCCGACGUUCCUGUGCACGCUCCGGGCAAGCGGAGCAAUCUCACGCGCCGAGUUGCACGCGAUGGCUUGAGACCCGGACACGGCGCUCGCCGUCUCCCGGUUGCGCGCGCGAACGUCGUCGUCGUCGGGGAACUCGGGACACGGGGCUCGGGGCUCGGGGGCCAUUCAUUCACCGGCGUGGCCGUUCUCGUUCCCGUCUUUCCCGUGCGCGCGGGUCGCGGCGGGUUAUGCCCGACGUCGUAGGUUAAGGCCCGUGGGCAAGAUCCGUCCGUCCCCACCUCCACCUCUCCCCGUCCCUGCCGUUGAAUGAGACGCGUCCGCGUCCGCUGCCGCACGAGGAUGGACAACGUGGAGUGCCUAACCCUGGAUUUCGGCCCGUUCGAGACGGUGCACCGAUGGCAGCGCAUGCCGGAGUGCGACGAGUUCGUCGGCGCCAGGCGCAGCAAACACACGAUCGUGGCGUACAAGGAUGCUAUUUACGUUUUCGGUGGCGACAAUGGUAAGAGCAUGCUGAACGAUCUGCUGCGCUUCGACGUAAAGGAGAAGUCCUGGGGAAGAGCGUUUGCAACUGGCACUCCGCCCGCGCCGCGUUACCACCACUCCGCGGUGGUUCACGGCGCGUCGAUGUUCGUGUUCGGCGGUUACACCGGAGAUAUACACUCCAACUCCAAUCUCAGUAAUAAGAAUGAUCUGUUUGAGUAUCGCUUCUUGUCUGCUCAGUGGAUAGAGUGGAAAUUUAUCGGAGUGACUCCGGUGCCAAGAUCUGCCCAUGGUGCUGCUGUAUAUGAUAAUAAAUUAUGGAUAUUUGCGGGCUACGAUGGCAACGCCAGGUUGAAUGAUAUGUGGACAAUAUCAUUAGCGGCUAACGAUUUCAAAGCGUGGGAGAAGGUGACUCAGGUUGGCGAAUGUCCACCGACGUGUUGUAAUUUUCCCGUGACGGUGGCGCGAGAAUCUAUGUUCGUUUUCAGCGGUCAGAGCGGGGCCAAGACAACCAACAGUCUCUUCGAGUUUCACUUUAAGGAGAGACGGUGGACGCGCAUAUCGACGGAACACAUAUUGCGUGGCGCACCGCCGCCGCCCGCACGACGAUACGGUCACACGAUGGUCAGUUUUGAUCGUCAUCUUUACGUCUUCGGCGGCGCGGCUGACUCUGCUCUGUCCAAUGAUCUUCACUGUUACGAUCUCGAUACGCAAACGUGGAAUGUUAUCUUACCGUCCACAGACAGUCAGGUACCGCCCGGUCGACUUUUUCACGCUUCCGCCAUAAUCGGAGAUGCGAUGUUCAUUUUUGGGGGCACCGUGGACAACAAUAUACGCUCUGCCGAGAUGUACCGCUUUCAGUUCUCGUCGUACCCCAAAUGUACAUUACACGAUGAUUUCGGAAACCUGUUGCAUUAUGCUAACUUCUGCGAUGUAGAAUUCAUAGUGGGCGAGCUGGAGACCAAGAUACCGGCACAUGUAGCCAUGGUGGCGGCGCGCUCGCAAUUUCUCCGUGCGCGCAUUCGGCAGGCGCGCGAAAAACGGGACAAGUAUAUAGAACAACAAUUCGUGUCCAGUAAUGAAAUGCCGCCAUUGGAGGUGAUAUUAAAAGAUGCCGUCCCGGAAGCUUUCAAAAUGGUGCUAAACUACAUUUAUACCGAUCGUAUCGAUCCUACAAAGAGACCAGACGACAAGAUCGAGGAUCCCCCGAGCAAUCGGAUUGUACUUCUUAUGAUGGACGUGUAUCGUCUCGCCGUGCAGUUUAAUAUGGAACGCUUAGAACAGCUGUGCGUCAACUACCUGGAGGCAACCAUAAGCCACGCGAACGUUUUGGAGGCGUUGCGCAACGCCGUGCACUUGAAGCUGUACUUCAUCAAGGAAUUUUGUCUCAGCUUCGUCGUGAAGGAGAACAAUUACAAUGAAAUCGUGAUGAGCCAGGAGUUCGAGACUCUGGAUCAGCCGUUGAUGGUGGAGAUUAUUAGAGGACGACAGAUGCCGCAAACCAGAACAUUCACGAAGUACGAGUAUGAAUCUGUCACCGGAACCAGCCUAGAGCAAGACAUGGAAGCGUUCUUAAAGAGCGUUGGUCGGGAAUUUUGCGACAUCACGUUGCGACUGAACGGUGUGCCGAUACCGGCGCACAAGGCCAUCCUCGCAGCGCGAUGCACCUAUUUCGAAGCAAUGUUUCGAUCUUUUAUGCCUGAGAAUAAUACGGUGAACAUACAAAUUGGCGAGAUGAUACCAUCGUCGGAAUCAUUCCAAUCUUUGCUGAGAUAUAUUUAUUUCGCGGAUGUCUCGAUGCCUCCCGAGGACUCUCUAUAUCUGUUCACCGCGCCGGUGUUUUACGGUUUCGCGAACAACCGGCUCCAGGCGUUUUGCAAACAGAAUCUCGAGAUGAACGUCACUUUCGAGAAUGUUAUACAGAUCUUAGAGGCAGCCGAUAGAAUACAAGCUAUCGAUAUGAAGAAGUACGCUUUGAAUCUGAUAGUUCAUCACUUUAGCAAGGUCGCCAGACUUCCAAAAUUAAGACAAUUAAGCCGCGAGCUCUUGCUGGAUAUUCUCGACGCUCUGGCUGACGAACGCAGCGAGGCUAGAAUGUGUCAAGAUAUGACUAAUGAUUGCUGACGGAUUUCCACCUCAGAUCGUCGUCCGUGCAGCUGGGAUUUACCAUCGCCGUGCAGUUUCCAGCUCUGAGAGAGAAAGGCGCUAAAAAAUAUCUGCGAUGAUAUCCUGGAGUUUUCUUCUUGGGUCUAGGAACUGUGCCGAGUGAAUUUCAUCCUCAUAGGACGUACGAUUCUGUUUGUUGGUAAUUGUUAUCUCGAUCACGCGGCUAAAUCUUGCCUGACAUCGGACAUACAGACUCUGCUACCGCUGUCGAUGGCCACGUCGUCCGCCUCGAUUCAGGAUGAAUCGUCGUCGUGCAGCACUGAUCACCCGGUCGUGUCGUCUCGUUGUAGUGACGACAGGAGGCAACACCAAUGGUCUACUAUUACCCGUCGUUGUUCCGUCAGCUGCAACAUGUUGAAACGCACCGUCGUCGCUCUUUCGGAUCUCGGGCUUAGAAAGCUGUUCCCGUAAUCGAAAUUGUGUUAACAUUAUGAAAUGGUGAUGAUUUUCGUCGAGCUGUGUCGUAGAAAUGAUGUAAAACUGCGCGAAAAUCGAUGUAUAUUAGUGUAGUUAUUGUGUCUGAUCGUAUAACAACAUUAGACAUGAUAUUUACACAGGAUGCGUGCCAAGGUAUCAUUUUCCAUAGAUAGAUACUUGGAUGUCACUUCCGCGAUAAUGAUAUACUUUAUUACGUAAUAUUCUAAUUAGCGAAUAUUAUACUGAUUUUGUUAUUUAUUUAUACAGAAUGUUAGGAUUUGCGUAUAACGACAGAAAUGAUAUUUCGGCAGACAACUAAGCAACGAGAACGCAUGCGAUUUUUUAUUUCGAGCUAUUUUUUUUAAGUAUAAGGGCCUAAACUUUGGCCGAUAUUUUGUGACUGCAGAAUCUUUAAUCUCUGUGCUUUUUGUUGCUUCUGCUUUUAUACCCGAGUUUUGUGAUAUAUUAUAGCAUUUGGCUACAACACCGAUAAGAUGCCAUCGAGGACCCUAUUGACAAACUUAUUGAAUUUUCAUGGGCUAUUAAUCGAUUUCAAUCGGCCUGUCUUCAACUUGAAGGAAAUUUCCGUUGGUAUUAUUAAUUGCUCGAUCGUUCGAUAUAAACACGUGUAACGCUCAGUUCAUAAGGCACUAUUAAUUUUACAACUUACAGUUAUUCCGAUAUUUUACGAUACACAGCGAAUUUUUUAAGUGACAUAAAUUCUCGUAACAGGACAGUCUUCGUCUCAUAGUGGUGAUCAUGAUAAGCCUAUAUGUUUCCAUGUUUUUAUUAUACAUGUUGAGGGGUCUGUAAAAUGCCUAUUUGUCCUAAAGGAAACGUUGUUACGACAUAUUUACGUGGAUUCGCGAUUGUCGUUCCGUACCCCUUAACCGUUGAUCUUUUUGUAAUUAUAUAUAUGAGACAAAAAUAUUUUUAUGGGCUUAAGCAAUAUAUAUAAAUAGUAAUAUAUACAAACAAUUUUACGCAGAUGGAAUAUUGGAAUGAUUGAUAAAAAUGAAUAUUGUGCGGAUGUAUUGUUGAGGAUAAACAUAUUUUCCAGAUGUUUCAGAGUUGUUGAUAUAAAAAAUAUCUAUAACUAAUGUGAGGGUAUAGAAAAUUAAAUCUAGACUAUUAAUGUGAGUCAAAU